CCUCCUUGACACGUUCGAUCUUGUCGUACUUUCCACCUGCAACGUAAAGAAUUCGAUUUAUUCGGUGAUUUGUAACCAGUUCACAGAAAUAUUUGUUCUACGAUCCGGUAAUGUCGUGCGCAACUAAAUCACUGACUCUUGAAACUACCGAACCUAACCGAAUCCUCGCCGCGGAAUGCGAGCUGGAAAGUCGGUAGUGCGGGAUUAAACGCGUCACCGCGCAGUACUUGUCAACAUUGUACACCGAUUGGACGGUUGUGUACUCUGAGUACGUCACUUUCGACGAAUAAGAGCAUGGAUAACGUCAGCGUCGACCAAUCGGUGCAAAGCACGGCUGCAGUGCUAAAAAUUAGACACGUCACGACGGGGAAUUUGGGUACUCGUUCAGUCGAUAAACGUUUUCUUUUUCGUUUAUCAACGUUUUUAAUUUAUUUCAAAGAUACAUUCCUUAAGGAAAAUUAUUUUAUUGUAAUCCUACGAUAGAUAUUGAUUAUUGAAUAAAAGUUUUCAUGCCGUCGAACGAUAAACGCGUUGGAGGCGGAAGAAACAAAAAGUCACUAAACGUUCAAAUUGGUUUGGUGACACGAUGCCGCAUGAUGCAAAAAUCUCGGCUCGUUACAAGGACGUCGGAACAAUUAGAUAUUACGUGACGAUGGAUUAAUUACAGAAAGAUAUAAUGUAUCGUGUUUCUCACGAUUACGUUUAUUUUCGAGCACCGUCGCCUUACAAAUGUAAUGUUAUCGUUAGAGUACAUCAAUAGUGUUCGUACUGAAUAGAACGCGGUUACUAGAUGGAGUUAACAGUACCAUAUUGCGUGUAUCGCACGUGACAUAUACGUAUUUAGAGAUAGAAAUCGAUCGUAAAUGUGGAUAGUAGAUAUUUGAAACUGCGCGUCAUUUUAUUUCGUAUCCGAACGCCUUUCGUUCGCUAUUUUCUAUUCCUUUUUUCAAAAGUGGAAACGAGAAAUCGAGUGGACCAACAUGAGAGUGACGCAUCCGGAAGUCUUGUUUGAAUCGGGGGGGAAAUGUGUGUUGAAAUAACAAGUUUUUUAUUUUCAUUUGUUAUGUUUUAAGAUUUCCAUAAAAUUUAUGGACACACGUUGAAUUCAUAAACAUUAGAAGGCAUCAUUUUAAUUUAUAUCUAUUAUAUCGAAACAAUGAGUUGUUUCGACCAAACUUUUCCAUCCACCGUCAUCCAUUAACCAUCUUUCAUUUUAAUUAAUUAACCAAAGAAAAAAGGAACAUGUUAUCCAACAGAUAACCAUGUAAUUAAUUCAAGUCCGUCUGAGGAAUCCAUAGAUUACGAAACAGGAUAAUCUUAAAUACAGAAACUAAUGAUGAACAAAACAGAUUCCACCGAUCUUACGAAUCGCAUUAAGUCGUUGUUGGAGAUAAUGACGAAUAAUUGUUCAGAAGAUGAAAAUUCUGAAGAUGAAGGGUAUUCUAUCAGUUCGGAUGAAAUGAGCUCAGAAAAUGAUGAUAACGACGAUAUUCAAUCUGAUUUAAGCGAAACUGGAGAUUUUUCCAACGAAGACUACCAUUCCACCGUAUUUCGUUUGAAUAAAUUUUUUCGAGACCACGUAGAGAAUACAGAGAAACACCUACCUUCAACCUUGAAUAAUAACGAACCUAAUAAUAUACAGUUCGAGGAAAAAAUGUACAGGGUUAUCCCGUUAAAAUUGGACGAAAAAGUCUUGAAAUCAAAGAUCCCGUUUGUUCUAAAUAAAAAUAAAAAUCAAAGUAAAUAAU